GGGGUAUUUCAAGAGAAAAAAUUUGUUAGCAACGAGGUCAAGGCCAUGAUGUUUGUGCCACGUAGUAAAUGUCUUUCCUAGAAUCAGAGUUUCUUUCAUGUCUCAUUACUUGUAACAGUGGUGACUGCUGUUUAUAACCUCUUAAUCUUUUUCUUUCUGUUCUCCUGCUAUUCCCCUAUUGACAGAUGCUAAAAUGUUUUUAUUCCCUAGUUGUUUUUGCCUUUAUUCUGUGUAAAUUCAUCGUUUUCCAAACAUUUGCCACGUACUUGGAUCCUUCUUCUAUUUUUCUCCCUACAUGUGCACAACAAUUUGAACCUUUCUAGCCCUCACUUUCUCACAAACGUCUUCAUUCGUCUUCUGCUCUUCAAAGCGAAUAGUUGAACAUUUCACUUGGAUGACGUUCAGCAAGUCACUUGCUGAUUCUUCUCAAUCAGCAAUGAACCAAGUUGCAAAGAAAACAUCAUCUAGUGAACCAGUUAAGCCUUUGAAGUCCCAAAAUUUGUGUAGUACCGAGUAUGAAAUCGAUAAAGUCGAUUUCGAAUGGAACGUUCGAGUUGCUUGUUUUGAAUCCUUGAAUGAAAUUUUUGGAUCUCCGUCCACGUCUUUUUUCCCAUCUAAAAGAAAUCCCUGUAUGAAGUGGACAUUAACAUUUUGUGAAGAUAGUCCUGGCUUCAGAAUUCUGCUGGAGUCGUACACGCCGCACUCGGAUCUUGCUGUUUUGGACGAACCUGUUCGUGUCAAAGUGUCGCUCUUAAACAUCAAACGCGAGAUGCUGCUCCCGAAAGUGACUGUUUUACCGAAAGGUUCCAAAGUAAAUCAUGAAGUUCUUCAUCUGGACAAAAAAACUCUUAACGAAUGCCUCCAGAAAGAUGGAAGUUUCAGUAUCCAUUGCGAAAUUGAAAUGUGGAUGUCGAAAGAAACUGGCUCGGGCGUAUUCUCUUGUCCAGGAGCUUCACGGGAUGUCGAAACCGUCGUACCUCAACUUGAUCUGCAAGUUCCACCUAAAAAGAAAAAGAUACGCCGCAGGAAGAAAAAGAACUCGAUCGAAGAACUCUUUAAAAAGAUGAAUUUAAGUGAUGUUACACUUGUUGUCGGAGGCCGCGAAUUCCAAGUCCACAAGACGGUCAUUGCUUCCAGAAGCCCAGUUUUAGCCGCUUUGUUUAAGACACCAGGUGAAUCGUCAACGCGUGUGGAAGUCAAAGACGUCGAUCCUGACGUGUUCCAGGAAGUCUUGCGUUUUAUCUACACGGGUAAAGUACCCUUGGACAAGAUGGCGAAGAUGGAACCCGAAAUCUACGUUGCUGCGCACAAGUUUCAGCUGGAUGCCUUGAAAUAUGAAUGCGUUAAUUACAAGGUUAAAUAAAGCCAUCUGGUAACUGAUUACUGGAAUGACUGGAGACUCCCGAUCAGCGCCUUCCAGCCCAAAUGAAGUGGCGUGCCCUCAAAUUUUCCCAGAAGGACAUCGAAGAGAUUCUGCUACACCUUUAAACGGAGAUAAGAGUUCAGAAUUCGAUGAAUGUUUGUUAGGGCUGGUGGAGAGUUCAAUUGACUUGACCAACAAGACCCCAGAUUUCCUGUAAAAACAAGUUAAUCGAGAAAUAAAAGGCAUCUAGAAAAAUGGAAAAUGUCAUCAUAAAAUUUUCUCCUUGUUGCAUCGAGUGCCAUUCAACUUUUCAACUAACAAACUGAAUGCAAACAAACCACGAAAAAAAAAGUUGUUUCAACAGGCACACAAACCUAAUUGUUCUUGUUUUAUCAUUUGCAUUAGAGUCAGAAUUCCAAGGCAGUUCCGAUGGCUUAAAAUGUUCAACUGGAAGCGAACGUGUCUCGUCCGGAGUCAUUGGAACUCAAAAAUAUAAUAAAUCCAGGAAGAGACUGUUAAUGCGAUUCAACUUCAUGAUGAAUCACAGCAGCAAGAUGUGCGUCUAAAUUCCCCUGCAAAACGUGUGACUAGCCAUAUCCUUUUUGAAACAAGUUUGAUUCCUGAACUUGUUCUGUGUCUUUCUCGACGAACUGAAUAGAACUCUGUUUUCCUACUUCAACACCUUUUGGAAGUUUCGUGGUGAGUACGUUGAACGGGCAGAUGAACAGCCUUCACCAAAGUCUGGUGCUCGUUAAAAGACUGGCAGACACGCUUGGGACGACGACUUUAGCGAUAAUCAUCGAAGAUGUUCUGGAAAGAGACUCGUGAAAGACUUUCGGAGAUGUGGAAAGAUUAAUCUGAAGAAAAACUGGCGACAAGUUUGGUGGAGCUUUCAACGAGAUUUGCUCAAU